AGUCCCCUGACUUUUACAAAAUUUUAGUACACCAUUGCAACAUUUUAUCAAAUUUUUUGUAUUUAUUUAUUUUUUUUUUUGGUGAUAAUUUAUAGAAUGGCUCUUCGAGGUAUUUGUUUAAGGCUCCCACAACAUAGACUUUUUAAGUCGGUCUCUAAGGUACAAUCUUUUAAAAAACAUAGCGCCUUUCGAUAUGUUUCUGGAAGCUCGGCAGCUGAGCCAAUGGUACCAUUCUUGGAUACCCCAAGUUGUGUAUUUUCAGUUGAGGCUUUAAACCAUCAUUGGGGUGCUUGGCCAGUUGUUCUAAUUUCGAUGUUUGGGGCAGCUUGCGAGUUGCUUGCCAUAAUGCGCUUGGCAGUAAUGCGGGAUGAUGUAUGGUAUACUAAGGGCCCAGCUCCUUGCGAAAUUAUCGAGACCCGGAAGGGCUAUCCAGCACCUUCACGCAAGAUGUUAGUCGUGAAUCAAAAAUAUGAGACUCCUAAAGGAGUUUUGGAUGCUACAUGUGGCGAUAUCGAUGGAUCACCCAGCGAAGAAAAACCAAUAAAAAGUGAAGUUAGUACUAAGGCAGUAGCAGCUCACGCGAUAGCCAGUCUUGGUGUUAUGUACAUGGCUUUUAUUAUGUAGCGAUAUGUACCUGGGAGAAGUGUCAAGUUCAAAAUGCAAACUAUAUACUAACUAAAGUUUCAAUUUAAAUUUAUUAAAAUAUUUACAGCUAAUGAGGGUGCCAAAAAGAAAAAGAAAUAAAUUAACUAACCCAAGAUGA